CCUCAGAGCAAGGGAGUGGGGAAGAGAGGCAGAGGCAAGAGGCUGAGAAGAGGGCGGAACCGAGGCAGGCCUGGGUGAGGGGCUGAGGCAGCCCUGCUGCAGGCCUGAGAGACCAGAGCAGUGACCCGACGCGCUGUCCAGGAUAAACAUCGAAGCAGCGAGCCUGAUCAGCUCACCCAGACACAAUUUAAGUCAGGCUGGGCUGUGGGCACCCCAGGGCUUUGCCCGGAGCUCCACGUGGGCAGGGGUGGAGACCCGCUGGGACCGAAGGCGGAGCGAGCCGGAGGGGCUACUCAAGCAAUUAGGUCAUCUCGCAUAACUGCCCUCUGGCGAAAGGAACACAGUAGAAAAAGGAUGAAGGCAAAAAAAUCGUCACACGCUAGGCACUCCAAAUCCAGCUUUGUAGACGGACAUGUUUGGUGAAAACUGGACUUCAAGGCGCUGGUGUCUGGAAUGUCUGACCAGGUGUACGGUCUCAGGAUGGGAGGGCGGUGCCCGCCAGGCAGUCCCCUGAGUCACGCCCUGCGCCACGAUCCCAACUCGUCCCGGGGCCAAGCCCAAGUCUGCCACGAGGCGCUCUGCUCGGCGCCCAAAGGGCUGCACUGAAGGCCACCAGGGGGCGUCUGGCGAUCGACCAGGGCUGCCGUGAGAGGAGGCCCGGGGGACAGUCGCGAUCGCCCCCGCCCUUCCUGGUUUGUCCUCUGUUCUCCCAACCGCAGAACACGAAGAGUCGGGUAGACGGCGGGCUUGGGUGAGCUCUUUCGCGGGGUCUCAGGGGACAAGUGUGGAGACUUGCUUGAGACGCCGGAAACCACAUCUGGCUGGAGACCAGAGCUCACGGCGUUUUCCUUGGCGGCCUGUAAGGGGCUUACUGGAAAACCCAGGUCCCCCACUCCCGUCUUCCGGAUCAGCCAGUCUCCGCAGAGACUGGGAGGCUACAGUCUGAAGAGGGGAACCCAGCAGUUACGGUCCAGCCUGUCCACCAGAAACCGCCUAUGGAGGACGCCCAGCCGGACCCCACCGUGUUCAUCUCCCACUCUCUGCCCAGGGACCCCCGCCUCUGGGCCACGGUAACCAACGCGUACCUGGGCACGCGUGUGUACCAUAACACGCUACACGUGAGCGGUGUGUACAAUGGGGCCCGGGGCAGCACACACCGGGCGGUCCUGCCCAGCCCCCUUAACGUCCGGCUGGAGGCCCCCGCUGGUACAGGAGCUCAGCUGACCGAGACCUUUGCUCUGGACACCAACACAGGAUCCUUCCUGCACACCCUGGAGGGACCCAGCUUCAGGGCCUCCCAGUGUAUCUAUGCCCACCGCAUGCUGCCCCACAUCCUGGCCUUCAGUGUGUGCAUUGCACGUGAGGCUGUGGAAAGCAGCCCCAUCAGGGUGCUGUUGCAAUCUGCCUUCUCACCAGAAAGCCCAGACCUGGACCUGCACCUGGGUCCUGACUUCCAGGGCUUCAGGUACCUGUGGGGCCUCACACUCACCCCAGAACAGCCAGGGGAUCCCCGGCAGGAGGUACACAUGCUGUGGACACCAGUGCCCCCUGCCCUGACCCUUGGCGAAGGCGAGGAGACUAAGACCUGGGACUUCCUGACUGUGGUGGGUGGCAGCCAGGUGGAGGCCCAGGCCUGCCUCACCGAGGCUCUACAGCUGCAGGCCAGGGGCUCUCUCUAUGCCAUCCAUGUGCAGGCUUGGGCCCAGUUCUGGGCAGGCUGCAAUCUGAAUGUGGCAGGGCCCCUGGCUCUGUGCCAGGCUCUCCGAAGCUCCUUUUACUACCUGUUCAGUGCCUUGCCCCAGCCUGGGACCUCAGGAUAUGUCUCCCACGGCCUCAGCCCCGGAGGCCUCUCCAAUGGAAGCCAAGGAGAGUGCUACUGGGGCCAUGUCUUCUGGGACCAGGACCUCUGGAUGUUCCCAAAUAUCCUGAUGUUUCACCCAGAGGCUGCCAGGGCCCUCCUGGAGUACCGUGUCCGGACACUGGGUGGGGCCCUGAAGAAUGCCCAGGCCCUAGACUACCAGGGAGCCAAGUUUGCCUGGGAGAGCGCAGGCUCUGGGCUGGAGGUCUGCCCUGAGGACAUCUAUGGGGCCCAGGAGAUCCACAUCAAUGGGGCGGUGGUGCUGGCUUUCCAACUGUACUACCACGCCACCCAGGACCUGCAGUUCUUCCAAGAAGCUGGUGGCUGGGACGUGAUCAGCGCUGUGGCUGAGUUUUGGUGCAGCCGUGUAGAGUGGAACCCCAGGGAGAAGACGUUCUACCUGAGAGGAGUUAUGCCCCCUGAUGAAUACCAUGCAGGAGUCGACAACUCUGUGUACACCAAUGUCCUGCUCCAGAACAGCCUGCGCUUUGCUACUGACCUGGCACGGGACCUGGGUCAGCCUAUCCCUGACCAGUGGCUGGUGGUGGCUGACAAGAUCAAGGUACCCUUUGACCCCGAGCAGAACUUCCACCCUGAAUUUGAUGGGUACGAGCCUGGAGAGGAGGUGAAGCAGGCUGAUGUCGUGCUCCUGGGAUACCCUGUCCCCUUCUCCCUGAGUCCUGAUGUCCGCAGGAGAAACCUAGAGAUUUAUGAGGCUGCAACAUCCCCUCGGGGCCCUGCCAUGACCUGGAGCAUGUUUGCAGUGGGCUGGAUGGAGCUGAAGGACCCAUCACGGGCACGGAGCCUUCUGGACAGGAACAUCACCAAUGUCACCGAGCCUUUCAAGGUGUGGACGGAGAAUGCAGACGGGUCCGGGGCCGUGAACUUCCUCACAGGCAUGGGAGGCUUCCUGCAGGCAGUGCUAUUCGGGUGUACAGGCUUCAGCUUUCCCCACAGGGUCACCUGCACAGGUGUGAUCUUUGACCCUCUGUGCCUGACGGACAUCUCCAGAGUGUGUGUGUCCGGCAUCUUCUACCAGGGGAACAGGCUCAACUUUACCUUCUGCAAGGACUCGGUGAUGGUUGAGGCCACAGCCCAGGCAUGGCCUGGGGCUCCUCAGUUGGAGGUUGAGCUGUGGCCAUCACGGGCUCAGCUCCCCCUGCUCCUGGGGCACCAGGUUUCAUUUCCUUGCUCAGCUGGCCGGAUACAAAGAUCACUCCCAAAGCUGCCCUGAAGCCCAAGGCUGGAGGUCUCUGGAAGUGUUUCGAAGACACUGGAUCUCGCUCCAGGCCCACAGUCUUAUCUUGGAGCUCGGCCCGCAUGCAACCAGGAUGCCACCCUCAGAGACAUCCUGGUCCUCUCCUGAAAUCACUCCUCUAUGCCUCACCCCAGCCUGAGCCCCUCUGGGCCUGGACCCACCACAUACCUGAUCUUUUUGCCUUUGGGCUGAUUUCGACACCCCCAUCCUUCAGCGUCCUGUCUUGUUCCUACAGCCAGAGCCUGAACCCCACACCCACUUAUGGUCUUGGUCCCUAGAUUCUUCUGCUCAAGUGGACAGCAAGAUGUGAGCCUGGAGGAGGGGCACAGCCACCUGAAGAAGCACCAAAGACUGGGUGUCAGGGGCCCUGGUGUGGGGCACUUGGCCAAACCGAAGGUCAAAGGUACCCAGACUCUGUGAGAAGCAAAUGGUUAAACAACCAGUUUAGUGAGGUGUGUUGUGUCUAGCUGUUAUCCUUUCCUUUUCCCCAAAAAAAACUUCCUGUCCUUGAGACAGCUCCUUGCCCAAACUGUUUUCUGCUUUGGUUUCACUUACACUGAUACUCUAAAUAAAAGCUGGAGAGUUUUCAACGUUAGGGAUUCUCCUGGGAGUCUCCCUAAUGCUGGGUGUUCUCAGUUGACAGAGCCCCUCUGGGCACCUUAGUGAUUGAACUAAGUCUCUUCUCUAAGUGAUCAUUCAUCUGUACCACCAUGGUCACACUCUUCUUGACUCUGGGAUUGGCCAGUCUCUGGCACAUUGAGGUAGGUUGGGCAACCCGUCCUCAGUCACUGGCUGGUGAGCAGGGAAGGAGAACUGGCACCAGAGGGUAGAGCAGGUAGGUGGCAGAACAAGAGCCCGAAGCUCCCACUGGCCACCAGAAGAACCAGAGCCAAAAGUGUGUGGGUUCAAGGCUGCAGCCAGGGCUCUGCCUGGCCUCUGGUCCUAGGCCCUGAGCCCCUGGGAUGGCUUAUCCCAGAUGUUUUCCAAGAGCAAGGUGAAAUGGUAUAUGGGGCUGAUGCCUGCUGAGGCCUGGCCCUCUGCACCACAGCAGCUUGAGGAAUAAAAGUUGGUGUGGACACAACAUCACCCCCACAAACUUCCUGCAGAAGUAGUAUUGUGUGUUGUGUGGGCUUUCUCUUUUCACCUGGUGUUACAGUUUUUGUCUAGAUGUCUUCCCAAAGCCUCGUGCAGUCAUAGGUGGCUUUUUAAGAGAUGGUUGAAUGUAGAAUGUGUGAUACUGAGAUUAAGGGAGUGUGAUUACUAAACCACUAGAAGUGAGUGAUUGGUUUGG